UGUGUAUCCAAUCAGAGGCUGGUAAGGGCGGAGCGGGAACCUCGAGCACCAGACUGUGCAGUGCCUAUCUGUCAGCUUCAGUGUGUUUAUCGCGAAUGUGAUUUUGAGCGUGGAGGAAGAAAAAAAACACAUGUAUGAUUUUACAAACUGAGAUUUUCAAAUGAUUUACCGCGGACUUGGACUAAAACCUUUACAUCUCAACUUGUGCUUUUGGACCCACGAGAAAAUACGGCAAGCUGCAAGUUCUGGAUAGAACCAAGGCAAGGAAAAGGUCGGGAAGUUUACGGAUCUUUGUUGUCCGGACAAGAGAGAGGGGCCCGAUUUCAGAGCAGCCAGUCUCGGGUGAAGUUAGCAAGCAAAUCGGUACCAAGGAAGCCAGCAUCGUAAACCAGUUAGGAAGAGGAUAGUCCAGUUUUCGACAGGUUAGGAGAUUACUCGUACAAUUAUUACCUUUAUGAACGAGAGCUCUGGCAAACUGAUACAUAUUAGGGUAUGUUAUUUAAUUCGGAUGUUGACCUCUGUCGUUGAUUGGACACUUGUCAACUAACCACGAAUAUCAAGCUAGUUUAGCAUUACCAGCUAGUUUAGCAUUACCAGCUAGCUUAGCAUACCCAACUAGCUUAGCAUUACCAGCUAGCUUAGCAUACCCAACUAGCUUAGCAUACCCAGCUAGCUUAGCAUACCCAACUAGCUUAGCAUACCCAGCUAGCUUAGCAUACCCAGCUAACUAGCUCCUCCUGUCUUGCCAGCCACGCAAAGCUGUUGUUCAUAGUUACCUUGCUAGCUACCAUUCACGGCUAGCUGCCUAUUUACCCUUUAAUUACUAUAACAGGGUUGCUAACUAUCUAGUAAAAAAACAAAAACAGGUUAUAAACAUUUUUUGUUUUGUGGGCUCAACAUAGACUGUAACGUUAGAUGUUCUUGAUAACACUUUCUUUGUUGCGAUAGCAACAAUGGCAUUACUCGCUAGCUAGCUAACGUUAUGCUAACAAUAAGGACACAGAUAGCCUGUACGCUAACUAGGAAACUAGCUACAUCCUUACAAUAUACAGUUUAGCUAACGUCACGUCCACAAAACAAAUAUGUUGUUUUCAUCUAAAGAGAGGUUAUUGCCAGAUAGCUCACAACAAGGUUCGUUUACUAACCGUCUGUUGAUGAAGCAACAGCGUUGUAUUUUAAAUGUAAUUGUUGUUUUAAACUGUGACAGGUGUUUGAAGCGCUAGCAGUCAGAGAAGUCGGUGGUUAAAUAAAUACCAGUUGCAAAACGGUGUUGAGGUUGGAAGAUCAGGACUUCUGCUCGCAGCUUGCUUUCAGCAGUGACGUUAUUUGGACCACCACUGGUACCCUGCCUCAUUCCUGUCCAAGGGACGUUUUUGGUUUUGAGCAGCACACCGUACAUCCAACUCCUGCAAGCUGUUUAACCUGGAGGGACUUUUUUUUUUUUCAAAUUAAUUGUGUCCACUAUUGCUGCAUCAUUCAGACUUGCCAAGCUACAAUGGUGGUCAGGUGUUUUAACCUGUAGCAGCGCCUCAACUCCACCUCGACACACAACAGUGGGCCGUAGGGCUAAUCAACAAUUCUCAACUGGAGGACCACACAGACUCUUGACUACUCUAACUUCUCUGCUGGAAUAGACCAUACCUGUCCCCCCCCUCUCUCCAUCCCCUCCCCUCUCCGUCCCCCUCUGCCUCCAUCCCCUCCCCUCCCCCAGUGUGUGAGGGGACAGAUGUGAGGAAGGCAGGAUGGGGACCCAGGGCAGCCCGGUGAAGAGUUAUGACUACCUGUUGAAGUUCCUCCUGGUCGGGGACAGCGAUGUGGGGAAAGGGGAGAUACUAGACAGCCUACAGGAUGGAUCGGCAGAGUCUCCGUACGCGUACAGCAGUGGCAUCGACUACAAGACCACCACUAUUCUGCUGGAUGGGAGGAGAGUGAAACUGGAGCUGUGGGACACGUCAGGACAGGGAGUGUGUUUGGCUGGUCCUGUCUGCUCCUCCUACUUCUAUAAACAGGACAUAAAGAACAAUGUUGUGUGUGUGUGUGUGUGUGUGUGUGUUCUCCAGGGGAUCCUGCUGGUGUAUGACAUCGCAAACCGCUGGUCGUUCGAAGGCAUUGACCGCUGGAUACGAGAGAUUGACGAGCAUGCCCCGGGUGUACCUCGUAUCCUGGUAGGCAACCGGCUCCACCUGGCGUUCAAGCGCCAGGUUCCUACGGAGCAGGCCCGGGCGUACGCGGAGAAGAACGGCAUGACCUUCUUUGAGGUCAGCCCGCUCUGCAACUUCAACGUCAUCGAGUCAUUCACAGAGCUGUCUCGCAUCGUACUGAUGAGGCACGGCAUGGAGAAGUUCUGGAAGCCCAACAGAGUCUUCACUCUCCAGGACCUGUGCUGCAGAGCGAUUGUCUCCUGCACGCCCGUCCACCUGAUCGACAAGCUGCCGUUGCCCGUGGCGAUAAAGUCCCACCUCAAGUCCUUCUCUAUGGCCAAUGGGAUGAACGCAGUGAUGAUGCACGGACGUUCCUAUUCGCUGGCCAACGCGGCGGGCGGGUCUAAAGGGAACAGUCUGAAGCGUUCUAAAUCUAUCAAACCCCCCCAGAGCCCCCCACAGAACUGCACACGCAACAACUGUAAAAUCUCGUAGUGAUAGACCCUGUCUGGGGGAGGGGGGAGACUGACACCCUAAACACACUGAAACAGACCCUGUUCCUUCCACUGAGGGGAGGGUGUGUAGAGCCUGUGGGGAGAACCAAGUCUGAGACUUAACCUACACCCUGAAGAGAUACUCUGAAACAGACCUAGCCCUUAGCCCAUACCCCAAGAAUACACCCAGAAUACAUCCAGAAUACACUCAAAAUACAUCCAGAAUACACCCAGAAUACAUCCACAUCCAGAAUACACCCAGAAUACAUCCACAUCCAGAAUACACCCAGAAUACAUCCACACAACCCUACUGAGUUCUAGUGUUUUCCCCUCUCUUCUUCCCUCCCGUUCUCCCUCUGUUGAUCAGAGUGUUGCCUCCUGCUGUCCCAUGAUUCAUAUGUUAAAUAAUAGAUGUUCUCUUCAUGGAUCUCUGCCUGCUCUCCUUCCUUCCUCUCUCUCUCUCCUCUCUCUCCCUACAUCUCCCUCACUCUGCCUGCUUUCUCUCCUCACUCUGC